AUGCCGCAGAAGAUCGUCCUCAACAGAGGGCGCAGCAAGGACCGCCUCGACGACAUCACGGGCUUCUCGAGGAGGAGGAAAUGGGCCACCUCCAAGCAGAACUACUUCUUGUUGUCUCUUCUAGAGCUCGACGAAAAAAUGUAUGGGAAGUACACAAAGGAGCUCGGAGCGUACGCAAAAGAGGAAGCAAAGCGAGCGAAGAAGAAAAGCGUUCAGGAAGUGGACGAGACGUUGGGGAAGCCGCGGGGAAGAUUGUACAACUCGAAGAUCGCGAAGGUGAUCGGCUGGGCGUGGAGGAACACCUUCGCCAGGCUCGGCGAGGACUGGGUCUUCUUGGCCCUCCUGGGCCUUAUAAUGGCCUUCCUCAGCUUCAUCAUGGACCACGGCAUAUCCAUGUGCAACAAGGGUAGGAUCUGGCUGUACAGGGACCUGGCCACACACCCUGUGGUACAAUACCUCGCCUGGGUCAGUCUCCCUUUCUGCCUCAUCCUGUUCUCAGCUGGCUUCGUCCACAUAGUAGCGCCGCAAUCUAUAGGUUCGGGUAUCCCGGAGAUGAAGACUAUACUGCGCGGAGUAUCCUUGAAGGAAUACCUGACGUUCAGGACCCUGGUGGCUAAGGUCAUCGGCCUCACCGCCACCCUUGGCAGUGGCCUUCCUCUCGGCAAGGAGGGUCCUUUUGUACAUAUCGCAAGUAUAGCUGCUACCCUUCUUUCAAAACUGGUCACUUCAUUUCAGUCCAUAUAUGAAAAUGAAUCUCGUAACACGGAAAUGCUUGCAGCAGCCUGCGCUGCUGGUGUUGCAAGUUGUUUCGGGGCCCCUAUUGGUGGUGUUUUAUUUAGCAUCGAGGUCACUACUGUUUAUUUCGCAAUCAGGAACUAUUGGAGAGGAUUCUUCACUGCAGUCUGCGGAGCAACAGUUUUCCGUCUUUUAGCUGUUUGGUUUCAAAAAGAAGAUACAGUCAAAGCCUACUUCCAGACUAACUUUACAAUGGAAUUUCCAUUUGACCCCCAAGAAUUAGUUGUUUUUUCUUUAAUGGGGGUCGUAUGUGGUAUUGGUGGUGCUGCUUAUGUUUGGUCCCACCGACAAUAUGUCCUUUUUAUGAGAAAAAAUAAGAAAAUGAAUGCCUUUCUACAAAAAAAUCGAUUUCUCUAUCCAGGAAUUGUGGUUCUUGUUGCAUCUUCUGUAUCUUUUCCUCUCGGACUUGGAAGGUUUAUGGCUGGAGAUUUAAAUACACACGACCAGGUAUCUGGCCUUUUUUCAAACUUUACUUGGACUAAAGAUGAACUAACUGUGGAAGAAUCAGAAGUACUUAGGCACUGGACAACCAAAAGUACAGACCAUUUUAUCUGUCUCACUGGGUUCAUUUUUUAUACUUUUAUAUUUUCAAUCAUAGCUUCUACGAUCCCUGUUCCAUCAGGUAGUUUUAUACCUGUCUUUAAAAUUGGAGCAGCCCUUGGAAGAAUUGCAGGAGAGCUGAUGCAUGUUAUUUUUCCACAGGGUAUACACCAUAGCGAAUUUACUACACCUAUCAUACCUGGUGGUUAUGCAGCUGUUGGCGCUGCUGCUUUCUCUGGAGCUGUCACACAUACUAUUUCAGUGUCUGUUAUCGUUUUUGAGAUGACUGGUCAAAUAACUCAUAUUAUCCCUAUAAUGAUAGCAGUCCUGAUAGCCAAUGCAAUCGCUUCUCUCCUCCAGCCUUCCCUUUAUGAUAGCAUCAUUCUCAUUAAGAAGCUUCCAUACCUGCCUGACUUACUCCCUUCUAGCUCAGGAAUUUACAAUGUUUAUGUAGAGGAUUUUAUGAUUAGAGAUGUUAAGUAUAUUUGGAAUAAUAUGAGUUAUCAUGAACUGAAAGCUGUCCUAAAAGAAAAUCGUCGACUUCGGAGUUUUCCACUUGUUGAAAAGCCAGAAAAUAUGAUCCUUCUUGGUUCAAUUCAAAGGCUAGAAUUGAUAAAGAUCAUAGAAAAACACAUCGGCAGGGAAAGAAGACUUCAGGUUGUUGCAAGAUGGCAAAAAGAAGCUCAAGAAAGGGCUAAAGAGGAAUACGAAAGAAAGAGGAGAGAAAGUGAAAGACAGAGGAGGCCAUCUAGAUUUGAAGUUACCCCUGCACCUGACAUACUUAGGAUGAAGCAGCAGUCUUCAGGUACUCUCGAUUCAGACCAUGGAUACAGGUUCCACCCGGUGUUUGGUACUCAGCCUAAAAAGUCAAUUUUGAAGAAGACUAAUUCAUUUAAUUUAAGAAAUUACAGCCCACUUACUACACCCUCAGUGACUCCCUACACAACUGUUACUGGAGCAGAAAGCAGAUCAGGUGGAGUUUGGAUGGCGUUUCGGAUACGCAUGGCAUUUGAAGCAAUAUUCCACAAGUCUACAACGCUACAAGAUGUUGAGCCAAAUGAAGACGAGGGCAGCCCCGAGCCAAGAGGCCUCAGUCCUCCUCCACCGUACCAACCUGUCAGUCUGCCGGCCAGUCCUGGUGUCAACAAGAAAGUUCAAUUGCCUCGAGAACGAGUUAUAGAUAUGUCACCCGAGGAUCAGAAGGAAUGGGAAGAGGAGGAACUGAGGGCAGGUGUCAGCUUCGCAGACUGCCAGAUCGACCCAAGUCCAUUUCAGCUCGUCGGUAGAACUUCUCUACUCAAGGCCCAUUCUAUAUUUUCUCUAGUUGGCAUAAAUCAUGCUUAUGUAACCAACAUUGGAAAAUUAGUUGGUGUUGUAGCUCUCAAAGAGUUGAGAAAGGCAAUUGAGGAUUCUAAUGCAGGAAUACCUCCAGGUUCACACCUGCAACAGGUUCAGCCACAAGCAGGCGAUGGUACAAGUGUCACUGCACCUCUAGUCAAUAAUAACCCUCCCGAAAUAAAAGUCAACAGUGUAUAG